AAUGAGGUGGGAGACGGGGAAAAGGCUCCACUGACUGGGCUCUGACAAAGAUCCCCUGUGAUUUUUCGGACUGCUUCAAAACUGGGGGAGGAAGCGGAGAGCUGAAGCCUGCACGAAAGCCAAGAAUUCCAACGAGCUCUGAGGGUGAGGUUGGGAACGCGAUUCGGGCCCUGAUGGGGACUCGAGGCGGGUUCCCAAGCGCUUUCUUCUCUUCCGCCCUCAGCUCAGGAGAUAGCCAUGAACCGUUCCACGGACCAAGAGAUGAUUGAACUCAAGAACCUGGGACUGGAGGAGCAGCUGGACCUGACUCGCGGCCCUCGAGGCACGACCGCCCGCCCCGUCCGCUUAGAGCGCGCCAACGCCUUGAGGAUCUCUCCCGGAAAAGUGCCCGAGAUCUUGACCCGCGUUCGCCAGAUCCGCCUUCUGGGCGGCCAGACCGACCCCAAGUUGACCGAGGAACUCGGCGAGGGACAUCUCUUCAGAUCCUGCACUCAGAGUCAACCCACCUGGUGCGAUCUGUGCGGGGAGUUCAUCUGGGGCGUCUACAAAAAGCGUCUCCGCUGCGUCUAUUGCAAGUUCAUCUGUCAUUACCGAUGCCGUGCUCUAAUCCGACUCGACUGCAGGGGUCCCAGAUAUAAAAAUGAACAGAAUGAAGGCAAUGAGCAGACAGUAGAAAAAGACACCAAUGUGGAUGAACAGGUUGACUGGGAGAAACCCAUUCUGUCCCAAGCUGAGAUUGAGCAAAAGAUAAAAGAAUAUAACAGCCAGAUCAACAGUAACCUCUUCAUGAGCUUGAAUAAAGAUGGUUCCUAUACGGGCUUCAUUAAGGUACAAUUAAAGCUGAUCCGGCCUGUGUCAGUACCUGCCAAUAAGAAGGCACCCUCAAUCCAGGACACUAGGAAGAGUUCUGUGCGCAGCCAGGCUGUAAAGCGCCGAACUUCAUUCUACUUACCCAAGGAUACAAUCAAGCACCUGCAUAUAAUUUCUCGUACACGGGCUAGUGAAGUCAUUGAAGCCCUGCUCAAGAAAUUCAUGGUUGUUGACAAUCCCCGCAAGUUUGCCCUCUUUGAGAGAACAGAAAAAGAUGACCAAGUAUAUAUCCGUAAGCUUUCUGAUGAGGAGCAACCCCUGCGUCUCCGACUGCUUGCUGGUCCUAGCGAAAAGACACUCAGCUUUGUUCUGAAGGAAAAUGAGACUGGUGAAGUCAAUUGGGAUGCCUUUAGCAUGCCUGAAUUGCAGAACUUUCUGCGUAUCCUGCAGCGUGAAGAAGAGGAACAUACUCGGCAGAUCCUGCAGAAAUAUGCCCAUUGUCGCCAAAAAAUGCAAGAGGCUCUGGCUGCUCGCACCCCAGGUUGAUAAAAUGCUGUAUCCCACACCCAGCACUCCAGCAACAAGCAGUUGCCAAAAGCAGUGAAGCGAAGUGGACUGCAAUGGAAGUGAUCCUUCGACUGUCUGUGGGAUGAAUGUAUCUCUGGAGGUGGUGGGGAAGGGACGGUGGGGAAGGGACAGCAGGGAUGUAUGGAUCUCUUUGUGAGCCUUUGAUCAAUGCAUGUGUGUGCUCCCAUGGAGUGAGUGGAUAAUAAAUGUUGCAUGCAUAGCACAUUGGGAUCAGGUAAGAAAAUGAAAAGGUGUUUGCAGGGUGUGUCUGAAGAUGAGAAUUUUAGGAGCUCUACUAUAGCACUAUCACUGAAAUGCCAAAAAGCUAGUGCCACUUUUAUAGUACAAGACUUGCCGAGUUAUGUUUCUCUGGGAUUGGAACUAGAGAGGAUUUGAGGUUAACAUAAAUAAAAACAACUAGUGGGGCUUUGAAUUCAGAAGUAUUCCAGGAAGAGGCAUCCAUGGCACUUUCCUUCAAAAUAAUUUUUUUGUAUUUUUCUAUAAGGUUGCUAACUGUGAGAUUCUUUUUGAGGGAUUGGUGUAAUCCACUCAACCCUGUCUUACCCAGUCUUUGGUAUGAACUUCAUGGUCAAAAUGAUUAAGUCAAAUCUGCUGCCUCUCAGCUAAAGCCAUUGCUAAGACUGGGAUCAUGCAGAGAAAUGGAGUAUGAAGUUUGUCUUCUCUCAGGUAGAACUACAGAAAAGCAGUUGACAGAAACAUUGGUAAUGGGUUGUAAAAACAAAAUGUAAAAAACUCCUGCCAAGAUACCUCCUUUAUUUUGCUCCCCUUACGAAAAGCAUUGAAGCUAGUUGCCUAACAAAGCACAGAACACAGGCUUCUCUUCUGCUGUAGAUAAUCAUAGCUCUGAGUCCUCAUCUUUAUAUGAGCAGAUGCAUGACUGAGAUCUUGAUGUAUGGCUGUGGAAUAUCUUUGUUUUGGGCAGAUCCUAGCAGGAAAUUCUUUGGGUAUUAGCUGAAAACUUGUGUGCUAUGGAAAUCAUGGGUACUGCUAAAAUAAGUCUCUUUGGGAUUUAAUAGUCAAGUAUAUUUGCCAGAGCACUGAAAAAUAUAUUUAAAAAAAAAACUAGGCCUCUGUCACUUCUGGAGAGUCCUAUUUAUAAUUGUUUCCUAUGUUGAAAACUGAAUGGAUUAACUAGGAUUGUUCAUUAAUUGUUUUGAAAACAGAAUGGAUAAAACAUUUGGGGGGAUUGGUUAGGUUAUGAAUGAUACUGCUUGUACACCAAUCAAUAAAUGAUUCAGGGAUGAGAAA